AUGGAUGUGCUGGGCGUGCUGACCAGGGCGCAGCUUUUCUCGCUGCAGGAGGAGGAGCCGCGGGCAGUGAGGAGGGCGCCUGUGUACAGCCAGGUCACAGUGCCGCGGGCACUGCUGGAGAGAGGAGGUGUGGGAUUUGUAGACCGCGAUGAGAAGCAGAAGAAGGUGGAAGCCAUCUCCACGCGGAUGAUCGCGAGGAUCUUCUCGGGAGCCGGGACGCAAGGCGGGAAAGCGCAGAAGGCCGGCCGAAUCAUAGCCAACUUCCUCUGGUUCCUGAUCUCUGAGGAAGACAAGAAGACCCUGACCAGCAUCGAGUACUGGUUCCGCUGCAUGGGCCUGGACGGGGACGAGGCGCUGUCCAUGUUUGAGCUGGAGUACUUCUACGACGAGCAGUGCCGCUGGCUGGACAGCAUGGCCAUCGGGGCGCUGCCCUUCCAGGACUGCCUCUGCCAGAUGCUGGACCUGGUCAAGCCCCAGAGCGAGGGCAGGAUCACCCUGAGUGACCUGAAGCGCUGCCAGCUGGCCCACGUGUUCUUCGACACAUUCUUCAACGUCAAGAAAUACCUGGACCACGAACAGAAGGAGUAGGCCUCUGGGCUCAGGGAGAGUGAUGGCAACAGCCCCGAGCUCUUGGACUGGGAGAAAUACGAGGCCGAGGAGUACGACAUCCUGGUGGGCGAGGAGGUGGCCGGGGAGCCCUGGGACGAUGGCUUUGAGGCCAAGCUGAGCCCCGUGGAGAUGCUGAGCGCGCUGCGCUCCCCACUGGCCCAGAGGCCCUUCCUCGACGCGCCGCAGGUCCUGGGCGCCAUAGACAUGUAUGAGUGUGCAGACGACGACUGGCAGCUACUGUGA